AGGUUUGACAAAACUGGGCCUACUUAGAAGGCUGAAGACAUUCACGUGUUCCUGGCCGAGAACUACCUGCAAAGUCUUAAGCGUGCUGCCGAGUUGGAGAGCAUGAUAGAACGCCUAUUUCAAUUAAUGCUAGGGACUGUAUACUUACAGAGCUUCGAAAAUUUAAAUUGAACGUUGGUGAUGAAGGACAGGAUAAGCUUUCUCUCUCUCACCCUCCUUCCCUCCCUUUUUUUUUUCUUCAUUGCUGUUUCAACAUCUAGUAACUUGUGGCAAUAGAAACGUCAAAAUCAGGUUUAGGCAAACUUAACAUCAUUGACUUCAUCUGAAGGACAUUUUACUACAACAAUGGAUUUUUUUGCCAGUGGCCUCAAUGCCUUGCGUGGACAAAAAGGGCAACAUCAGACAGGAUCAGAAAUCAUUGACAGACUUUGUGAAAGAAUAGAGCAUGCCACCCUUCUCGAGGACAGACGUGCCGCUGUUCUCGCUCUCAAGUCCUGUUCAAGAGAGCACAAAAGAGAUGUUGGAACACGAGGAGUUUUAGUACUCUGCAACAUGUUACGACGAGAUUCCAUGGACAUUGAUAUCUGUAAAGCUGUCCUAGAGACAUUAACAGUACUCUGUCAACCGGAUACGGAUCGAGAAGGGACCAUCGAGUUUGCGCUGGAGAUGUCAAAUGCAAUCAUGAAGGAUGCUAGUGAUGUGGCCAUCCUGUUGGAUAUGCUCGAGGAAAAUGAUUUUUACAUACGAUUCCAUGUGGUAUCGCUGCUUUCUACACUUGUACUGAAUAACGCCGCGCGACUUCAAGAAUGUAUCUUGACGUCACCUAUUGGCAUGUCAAGGCUGAUUGCACUAUUGGAUGAUCGCCGUGAGAUUAUUCGCAAUGAGGGGCUACUGUUGUUGAUAUCAUUGACAGAGUCGAAUGCAGAUUUGCAAAAGAUCGUUGCUUUUGAAAACGCGUUCGAGAGACUAUUGGCUAUCAUAGACGAAGAGGGGGCCGUCUCGGGGGGGAUUAUUGUCCAAGACUGUCUUCAAUUAGUGCAGAAUCUUCUUAGAUACAAUGUCUCAAAUCAGAAUUACUUUCGUGAGACGAGCUGUAUACAGCGAAUCCCAUCUUUGUUUGAAGACGAUACGUUGGAUAGCAACGGCAGGCAUGAGCUUCCGCUGAGAGACCAAUGGUCGGACCAAAAGGGGAACAAUAUGAUUAUGAUUCUGGAGCUGAUUCGCGUCCUUGUUGUUCCUGACCACUCAAACACUGCACCAAAUCAGAGAUCCAUGUCUCAAUGCGGGAUCCUCCAGCUUUUGAUCGAUCUUUCUUUGGCAUCAAAUGCUCCUCAAAGGGUGAAGGCCAGUGCAUUCUACGCUCUAGCGGAGCUAAUUCGGCUGAACAAAGUCAACCAAGAUGCGCUAUCCAAAGCUGUCAUUACUCCAGCCCACCCACCGCCUGUCCCCAUAGGAGAUGCGUCACUCUCACUUGCAGCACCUUCACGAUCAUCAACUCAAUUAUCUCGAUCUUCCUUCCAAUCUGGGAGAGGCUCUACUGUAGGCGACCGUGGUGCCCAGGCUCAUAGACACUUAGAAGUACGCGAACGCUGCCCCGCUAUUGUUGAAGUAGUAGCCAUUGCUGUAGGACGAUAUCCUGGCUGCACGUACUCAGUAAGGGCGGCAGCUACCUGUCUAUUUCAGUCUUUUGUUUUAGAGAAUCCAGAUACACAAUUAGUACUAGCCACAACUCUGAAUGCGCCUCCAGAAGACAAUCCAAAUAUAGAGUCUCAUGAAAAACCACAAUCACCAGGAACACUUUUGCUCAGCGCUCUUCAAGGAUGGCAAGAUGACGCUGAAACAACUGUGGCGGAUCCAUACAACAGCUGGUUUGCAUCCGUUCUAUUUUCUCAUAUCUUGCAGAACAAUGCCCGAGCCAAGGGUAUCGCUCUUGCGAUAACGUUUGGCGACGAAGAAAAUGGUGAAGAUCCUGUGUCGCUAAUUCAUGCCAUUGCAGCCGCGUUAAUGGUUGCUGUGAAGGGACGAGCAGAUGUACGAGUUGCUCUGGGUUACUUAGCAUUACUGUGUAUUUGGUGCUAUGAUAGUCCCAAGAGCAUUAAGGACUUUUUAUCGGAAGGUGCACACUUGCAAUUUUUAAUCGAGCUUAUUAGUCCAUCAUCCAAAGAAGAUCCUAUGGUUCAGGGCUUGGCUGCCUUUCUACUUGGGAUAUGCUAUGAAUUCAACUGGGAGAAGGAUGCAUUGAUCACACGAGCUACUAUUCAACCCAUUAUCUUGAGCCGUAUCGGACAUGACCAUUUUGCAGCGUGCAUUACUCGCGUACGCGAGUCUAAACCUUUUAAUUCAGUCGCGCCAUUUAUGAUAGUUCUUCCAUCCGAAGAAAGCGAUGGGAAGUUGCCUAAUCUCUACUUUGACUAUUCAUUUGUUGAAUUUAUGAAACGCACCUUUGAACGAACACAGAAGUCAAUCACACUGUCUCCAGAAAACACACCCACACAAAAUGGGCUGGCACUUCCCAAUAAUGCCGAGAUCGAGUCAAAAUUGACUUUGUUACAGACCAAGCUGUCGACGCAAGACGCAGAGUUAGAAGAAUUAAGAUCACAACUGGAGGAGGCCAAAAAGCUUCUUGCACAGAAGGCUCAUGAACAGGAGCAAUACGAGAAUACGCUUGCAGGACUGCGUGAGGAGAUGCGAAGUCGGCAAGAACAGCAUAAGGCACUUGAGCGAGAGCAUGAGGAUCUCUUAAUCUGCCUGGCAGAGCAGGACCAAGAGCUAACGGGCUUGAAGGAACAACUUCGAAUGCUUGGAGUGGAUGCUCCGUAGUGUCCUCUGUACAUAUGACUUGUUACUAUUAAAACAAAAAUGGC